CUCCUUUUCUUCUCUCUGUAAAACCAUGGCCCAUCGGCUGCGGUUUCAUUUUGGCUCUGGGCGAAGCAACACAGCCCCGGAAUCGGAGAUCCUCGACCGGGAUAGAGAAGAUGACUUUUUCAUGGCAUUCCACACUUUGCCAAGAAGAAACAGUCCUCACGCUUUCUCCCGACGUGGAGCAGAUUAUGGUGGUGGCGGCGAUUUGCAAGAAGUGGGCUCCUUAAAAAGGAGUACAUCCAUGUUUAUUCCCCAGCUGCUGAACAAUAUUGAUGUGCGUCCAACGAGAAGCUCGUCAAUGCAGAUCUCUCUUCAGCGCAAAGCUGCGAAUGGCUGCGUGGACAAGUGCGCAACCCUGGAAUCUCCUGAGGAGACACUUCCUUGUAAAUUCUCUGACUUCAGGGAGCAUUAUGCACCCCCUGUUGAAAACCAUUCUUCUUCUCCGAGCAGUCCAGAGGUGACUCCUGAAAAUUCUCCACCCAGGCUGACGGAAGAGUUAGGGCAACAGAUUAAUGGAACUAUUUGCUGUAAUCGUAGAAUAUUUUGUACUAUUCCUUCUAAUAAUCAGAGUGAGGAUGCUUCAUCAACUACCCAAGAAAAUGAGGCAAAUGAAGCAGCUUCAGGUUUAAACAUAAGUGGUGUGAGGAUUCAGCAUCGGGCUUCAAGUGCAGACGUGCCUCAGGUUACUCUACUACCCUUUGGUACUGAGGCUCAAAAUAAUGCUCCCACCCCUGAACCCCGGCGUUGGUCUUUGCAACAUGUGCCAGAUAUGUCAGUGAAUUCAGGGAAAAAGUUCUUUGUUCUCCAGUUACAGCAACCACAGACAAGUGGUACAGGUGCAGGAGGUGAAUAUAACUUUGGUUUUACUGGAACAAAAGGGGACAGAUUGGUCAGGUAUCCUCGGAUACGGCUAGAAAGGAGUACUUCUUACCCUGUCCAGCCGCCAACAGAAGAAAUUAGCACCACAGAUGAUGGAUUGAAUUCAGAACUGCAUGGAAAUGGCAGGAAUGGGUCAGAAAUAUCUAGAAGCAAUUCAGUAGAACGGAUUCCUCAAGGGCAGGGGUGCUUGUUUAAAAUCAGACCAGAUCAAAACACAAGGCAGCAACACUUCAGAAUUCUUGUCACCCGUGGUCCUGAAGAACAAAAUCAGGUUGUUGGUAAAGAGGGUCGUGGCACCCCUGGUCCUGUAACAGCCAGCACCGCAACUAGAGACGACUUCCUGGGUCAAGUGGAUGUGCCACUUAGUCACCUUCCGACUGAAGACCCAACCAUGGAAAGGCCAUACACAUUUAAGGAUUUCCUUCUCAGACCAAGAAGCCACAAAUCUCGUGUAAAGGGUUUCUUGAGACUGAAGAUGGCUUAUAUGCCUAAAAAUGGCGGCCAAGAGGAAGAAAGCAAUGAUCAAAGGGAUGAAUCUGAGCAUGGAUGGGAUGUGGUUGAUGCCAAUGACUCCGCAUCUCAACGUCAGGAGGAGUUACCACCUCCUCCACUGCCUCCUGGAUGGGAAGAAAAGGUGGACAACCUGGGGCGGACUUACUAUGUUAACCAUAACCACAGGACUACUCAGUGGCAUCGACCAAGUUUAAUUGAUGUGGGAUCUGAUUCAGAUAACAACAUCAGGCAAAUAAACCAAGAAGCAGCCCAUAGGCGGUUCCGCUCUCGGAGACACAUUAGUGAGGAUUUGGAACCAGAACCUAUGGAGAUCGGAGACAUUCCUGAACCUUGGGAAACCAUUUCAGAGGAGGCAAGUGCAAGUGGAGAUUCCUUAAGCUUGUCAUUGCCACCUCCUCCUGCAUCUCCAGUAUCCCGUAGCAGUCCUCAGGAGCUAUCUGAGGAACUGAGCAGAAGACUUCAGGUCACUCCUGAUUCCAAUGGGGAGCAACUCAGUUCUUUGAUUCAAAGAGAUCCUUCUUCACGAUUAAGAUCUUGCAGCGUGACAGACACAGUUGCUGAACAGUCUCAAUUACCCUUGCAGAGUGGUCCAUCUAGGAGAGCUCGUUCUUCAACUGUCACAGGUGGUGAGGAACCAACGCCUUCAGUGGCCUAUGUACAUACUACACCAGGCUUACCUUCAGGCUGGGAAGAAAGAAAGGAUGCAAAGGGCCGUACUUACUACGUCAAUCAUAACAAUCGAACCACAACAUGGACACGGCCCAUUAUGCAGCUUGCAGAAGAUGGCAUGGUUGGGUCAACAGCAAACAGCAGCAACCACUUAAGUGAACCCCAGAUAAGGCGGCCUCGUAGCCUCAGUUCACCCACAGUAACUUUAUCUGCUCCACUAGAGGGUAUCAAGGACUCCCCUGUGCGCAGAGCAGUGAAGGACACCCUUUCCAAUCCACAGUCUCCACAGCCCUCACCUUACAACUCUCCUAAACCACAACACAAAGUUGCACAAAGCUUCCUUCCUCCUGGCUGGGAGAUGCGAAUAGCACCCAAUGGCAGGCCCUUCUUCAUUGAUCAUAAUACUAAAACUACUACAUGGGAGGAUCCACGACUGAAAUUUCCAGUGCAUUUGAGAUCAAAAGCAUCUUUGAACCCUAAUGAUUUGGGCCCUCUUCCUCCUGGCUGGGAGGAAAGAAUACAUUUGGAUGGAAGAACGUUUUAUAUAGACCAUAAUAAUAAAAUUACCCAGUGGGAAGACCCCAGACUGCAGAACCCGGCAAUUACUGGUCCAGCAGUUCCGUAUUCCAGGGAGUUCAAACAGAAAUAUGACUAUUUCCGGAAGAAGUUAAAGAAACCAGCUGAUAUACCGAACAGAUUUGAGAUGAAGCUACACAGAAAUAAUAUUUUUGAGGAGUCCUACAGAAGAAUCAUGUCUGUGAAGAGACCUGAUGUACUAAAAGCCAGGCUCUGGAUUGAAUUUGAGUCAGAAAAAGGACUUGACUAUGGAGGCGUGGCCAGAGAAUGGUUUUUUCUCUUGUCCAAGGAGAUGUUUAACCCUUAUUAUGGUCUCUUUGAAUAUUCAGCAACGGACAACUAUACACUUCAGAUUAAUCCUAAUUCAGGUCUUUGUAACGAAGAUCAUCUGUCGUAUUUCACAUUUAUUGGUCGGGUUGCUGGCCUGGCAGUAUAUCAUGGGAAGCUAUUGGAUGGCUUCUUCAUCAGACCUUUUUACAAGAUGAUGCUGGGGAAGCCAAUAACUCUGAAAGACAUGGAGUCAGUGGAUAGCGAAUACUACAACUCACUGAAGUGGAUCCUGGAAAAUGACCCUACAGAGUUGGAUCUCAUGUUUUGCAUAGAUGAGGAAAACUUUGGACAGACAUAUCAAGUUGACCUCAAGCCAAAUGGGUCAGAAAUCAUGGUGACAAAUGAAAACAAAAGGGAAUAUAUUGACCUGGUCAUCCAGUGGAGGUUUGUAAACAGAGUUCAAAAACAAAUGAAUGCUUUUUUGGAGGGAUUCACAGAACUUCUUCCUAUUGAUCUGAUUAAAAUUUUUGAUGAAAAUGAACUAGAGUUACUGAUGUGUGGCCUUGGCGAUGUUGACGUCAAUGACUGGAGACAACAUACGAUCUACAAAAAUGGUUACUGCCCAAAUCAUCCUGUUAUCCAGUGGUUCUGGAAGGCCGUCUUACUGAUGGAUGCUGAAAAGCGGAUCCGAUUACUGCAGUUUGUUACUGGGACGUCACGCGUGCCUAUGAACGGAUUUGCUGAACUUUAUGGUUCAAAUGGUCCUCAGCUGUUUACAAUAGAGCAAUGGGGAAGUCCUGAUAAACUGCCCAGAGCUCACACAUGCUUUAAUCGCCUAGACUUACCUCUUUAUGAAUCUUUUGAAGAUUUGCGAGAGAAGCUCCUUAUGGCAGUUGAAAAUGCUCAAGGAUUUGAAGGAGUGGAUUAAAACGUCAACGUUUUUUCCCCCUUCAAGCAAGUUCUGCUUGCACUUUUGACUCUGAGUGACUAUGGCAGAACAGUUGCACAGCGGUGGUUCAUGGAGCAAACCCUUCGACAGUGCAGCUGCCCAGAUCCAGGAGUUUGAACUGUAACCUGUGGGUGGCUUUUCCGACGUCUCCACAGCAGCUUACCAACUGCGUAACGUGAACUCUGAGCACAUUUCAGCAGGACUUACUCUAUUUAUGUUGAGCCUCUGUAGGCAAAGCCCUUAAUAAAUAUUUUACAUAAUUUCUAAUGACAAUGAAUGGAAUUAAUCAUUUUACAGGUAUAGUAUUACAACUCAUGUUUACUUUUUAAUUGAUUUAGACAUUUUCAGAUUAUUUCAUUACAAUUAAAUAUCAUAUACUUGGAAAAAUGAGCAUUUUUCUUAAUUUCGUACCAGACUUGAUGCCAGUGUCGUUUUUUCAAAGCACAUUUUGAGCCUUGUGUUCCCAAACCAUUCAGAAAGUAGGAGGCUUCCUCUAUGGGGGCUGUCUAUCAAGAGCAACACCUUUCAUUGAGCACAUAAAUAUUUUUCUGUAUCCAGAAGUAUGGACUGGAUGUUGCAUUUUUGUAUAAAUAUUAGAAUAGUUACAAGUCAAGGGAGAAUCAUAACAUAGCAUGCCAAAUCUCAUGUUCAGUAAAGAAACUGCCUCGUUAUUGGUAAUAUUUACAUGUACUAUAAAGCAUUUUGGGGUAGGGUUAGCAUUAAUCAUUUUGGGGAAGUAUGCUUAACCCUGUCAUUAUCUUUGUAUAGUGAGCCUUUUCUUAUCCUUUCCUGUUUGCAAUGGAGGCAUUUUGAAUGAAAUUUGGCACUAUGGAAAACAGGUCUGUUUUGUCUCCUGUUGGAAUGCAAUUGCUAAUGAUACCUAAAUAACAAUGGGGGUUUUGUUUGUUUCUAACUGCACCAACUCCGAAGGCACUUUAUGUAACACACGGAAGUCAUAUCUGUUUUUUUAUCAUAAACAUUAAUGUGAUUAUAUUCCUUCUCACUGCACAUGUCUUUCUGGUGCAAUAUCUAUCAAUUGUGAAUUUGGCUGCUGAUGAUGUAUAAAAGAAAAAAAACAAGCAAACAGGUGUAGAGCUGAGCCUGCAGACAUGUUCCUCAGCAGUUGUUUUUGUGAUUUAUUUUUUACUUAAUCACAAAGAUUUAUUUAAUAUACACUGCUAUCUAAUCAAUUUUGUUACCUAUGACAUGUUGCAUGCUUAAACUAUAAUGUCUGAGUUGCAUCUCUUUUGUGACAGAUUAAAAGUGAAAGAUUUGUAUUUGAUCUACUGAAGUUAAAUGGUUACACUACUACUAGAUAGGUCUAAGGGUAUGGCCUCAGCAAUUUAAGCAAGUUUUGCCCACAUACUUACUUAUAGAUAGGCUUUUCCUCAAGAACCCAUUUAAUGCUUACAAAGCAAGGUGACAGCGCAGGCCAAAACAAAAUUUCACCUCACCACCAACAGCUUUUUUAGCCCUCCCCAACACCCUCCAAGAAGGAACAGCCCUACUGCAGAAACUUUAACACAGUAAUGCUUCAGCUGAGAAGGCUAGUGGAAAGAAGCCUGAAUGCUAGUAACAACACUCAGCAAAUGGUUGCCUGCUAGCAGAAGUUUGAAUCACUAAUAGAUGCCUGAGGAAGGUUAUUCUACCAUUUGAACACAGGUUAAGGUUCAUUUUCUACUACAUUCCCUGACAUUCCUUUCUGACCUUGUACCUUUGAUGAGCGAGCUUGAACAUGAGAAAGUGGACUGCAUCACAGCAGACAGAGAAAUACAGUAUGAUUGUUGAGCUGGGGGAAGGAGUGUGGGGAAGGUGAAGAGAAUGAGGUAAAUCCAGGUAUUUCCACCAACCUUCGGUAUGUUAAGCUCUGCUGGUUAUAACAUGGACUGCCUUGACAGAAGUGUCAUACUCCAACAUUUGUUUUCUGUCUUAACCUGGAGGCUCUGUUUAUGACCAGUGCCACAUAUCAGAACCUCAGACGUUUUUGGUUAUGAAACCAAAAUGUAAUCUCACCUAUAGCUGUGCUACUGCUAAGUCACAGCCUUCAUCUGAGGUAGAACCAGAAGUCAGGUUGUGUUUAAGAAUCUGCCCUUCCUCUUGCCGUGAUCUUGCUUUGGUCCCUUCCCUCCCCUCACCCUCAACUUCUAAACCAGGUUUACUAGUAGUUAUCAUAUCAAAGCACUUUCAGCUAUCUAGAAUUAUAUAGUGACAUCUGAACAGAAGGGAAAUUUGUGGUGUUUGGAUUCUUUUUCUUUUCUAAGACAAUUUAGAAUGAAUGACUUAACAUCUUUUCAGAUCCACUCCUACUCCGAUCCACUUACCUCACACUCCAAGAGCAUUCACUAGGUAUUAAAAUAGUGAGGUGAAUUCCACGGUAUGAAUUGUAAUUAAUGUGCAUUUGGACUGUUCUGGUUUACUAUAGAGAAGAGCGUUUCAUUUUCAGGGAACAGUUUAAUAUUAAAGAAAGCCCUUGACUCCCACAAGGUAUGCCAGAGUGCAGCACAUGACGACACCUGACCUAACUCAGGCAGCAUGGACAGUGAGGCCCACCAUGCCAUGCCCCAAUAGACUUGUACAGCUCAUGCUGAAAUUAAUUGCAAGAAAGCCAAAAUAGCAACAAUGCAAAUAGCUAAAUAAAUGCUAUUAUUUGUGCUUCUUGUGCCCUAGAUGCUGCAACCACAGCUCUCACCUGCCUUGCAAACCCAUCACUGUAGAGCCAAUGCAGUACCACGCACAGCUAUCUGUGUUAGCUUUUGUUUUGGAACCCCUUUGCUCAACACUCCAUGAAGGUGUUAUUCUUAACAGCCCAGGUGAACGUAACAGUAAGCCAGCUCCUUACUUUUGUUACCCAAGUUAACUACGCUACUAGGACACAGCACUGUGUUUUGCCUUUACAGAUGCACUACAGCUUCCUUCGCUACAGAAGUGGAACAGUCCUUUUCUUGGGGUGCAUAAGCAAGCCAGAGUCUCUGCUCACAAAUGAGCACAGCUACUUGUAGGGUAAGCUGAGGGGAAUUGCUUAGCCCAGGCCCUUUGCUGUAUAAAGCUUUUAUUAAUGGACAUCAGAAGCCUUCCUGUUAGCUGGAACUAUCAGGCUGUGAUGCCAAGCCUGUCAGUAACAGUAGUUAGAGGGACCUAAGCCCCUGCUAAAACGUACUAUACUCAUGCGACACAGAUUUUGCUACUGGUGGCUAAACCCUUGGGCAGUCACACCCAUCUCAUCAGCCAAAAAGUUAAGAUCAUCUAUGCUAUGACUAAAGCCCAGGAAGUUACCUUCAGUUUUACAAUAAACUAGAUACAAGGCUAAGUAAAUGGCAUUAGCUGUGCAAAGUAGCAGCUGCAGAGGAAAUAAUGGAUUUUCUUCUGCAGAGCUCUUUCUUUAACAUAAAGCUGUAGUGCUGUUACUGAGAUCCUAAGCUGGAUUCCAGACUUCCCAUCUAGGAGUCCUCCUGAAGCUACAUUUGAAGGAAUCUUCUAGGAAAAAAGGGAGCUGAAUGUCAGUUACUUAAAACAUCUAAAACACAAAGCAACUAACGCUCCAGCAGGACUUGUACCACAGCAUUGUUCCUUUCUUAACGCAGUACGCUCCUGUAUACUGACGGUUUAGCCCAUUCACCACAAAAUAGCCCAACAGUAUUUUAAAAGGUUCUAUUCAGCUACUUUUUUUUUUGUUAAUAAAUGGUAAUCAUAAAGGUGGUACCUAAACCAUUACUUGUUUGCUCUUAAGAAGCCUUAAGGCAAGUAAUUAAUUAAAAUGUUAGUCACUCUACAGACUACAGGCUCUGCAGCUGUCACCUCCUGUUCACAUUACAGCUUACAGAUCUGUGCCUUGUAAGGUUGUAGUUAAUGUACACCAUACCGAUCACGUUAACUUCCACUUGCACGCCUAGCUGCUGGGAACUGCUGCAUCCUUCAGUCCAAAAGUAACAAAACAAUAAAAGGCCUCAAAAACCUCUGUUACCACAAGAUUUUUUUUAUCUUAUUUCUGCCUCUCUCACACUGACCUCUCCCUCUGUGAAUCCCGAGCGAAAGGCACACGAGUGCCAUGCUGGCAUGACACGUGUGCUGAUAAAUCAGCAGAGGAUGCUGCUGCAAGUGCUAACCACACAGCUAGCGCCUGUCCUGCGCCCCAAGGAAUGCCCUGCAGUUGUCAUGUGCUCAGCCCCAUCAGACUGCUAAUCAUGACUGCAGCCUUUGGCGGUAAUCUGUUCCUGAUGCUUUGUGUGAAACAUUUUACAGGACACUAAAGGACCAGGAACUGUGAAAGCUAAGGAGCCAGGGAGGGGACGCUGGAUAGUUAGACUGCACUUUCAAAGAGUUAAGAAUAAGCGAUCAUACCCAUAUGAUUGCAAGGGCUAAUUAUCAGUAUGUAUAGUAGCAAAAAGGUAGAUUACCAGAUUGGACAUCUUAAAAUGUGCAUUCAUUUUCUUAUUUUUAAUAAAAACUUUUGUAUGUAGAGUUACAACAACAAAGAAAAAACCCUACAGUCUUCACCCAUCUGUUAUGAUGUUGCACUAAGUAACACACAUUUGAAAUGCAUGGGAAACUUACAAAACUGGAAUCUAACCAUAAUAAUGUUACAUACCCAGCAGGUCUGUCACAGGGCACCUAGAACCCUGCUGGAGACCAUCGCCAUCAGCACAAACCAUAUUUAGUCCUAAGUCUAUUGAUUAGCACGUCUAACAACCUGUUUGUCCACAUUUAUCUUCCACUAACAUGUUGGGGUUUUUUCCUUUUUAUAUUAUUUUCCCAUAGACAUUGUUUUUUUAAAUUUUUUUAAUACGUAGCUGUAAAAGUAUACACAGUAUGUGUCCACAUACACCUGUACACGUGUUGCAUUUUUAUACUGUACUCCGUUCUAUUGGAUUUAAAGAAGCUGGUGAGCCGUCCGCCUCCACUGCAGAUUUGUCACAACCAUGCAAUAGUGAAUAGGUUAUGAUUCUCAAAACCCACGUGGAAAACUCCAGAAAAUGAUGUUGCCACAUUCUGUGUUUGUGAACAUAAGUUUUAAAUCUAAUCUAAAACUGAGAUCAUUAGUCUUUCCAAACACGCAGAAGUGUCAAACAUUCCAGAUAAAUUCACUCUGCUUAAUAAUAGGUUUUUUGUAAAAAUCACCUCAUACUAGAAGGCUAUUUCAGAAUUAUGCUAAACUACCUAAAAAUUGAUUUUUAAAGUACUACUUAUAAAUAAUGCUCAUUUUCACAAUUAAUACAGCUUUAAACUGUGGCUGGAUUUGAUACACUGUGGGGAAAGGAUUUGUUUAUGGACAAAAGUCAUUUUUUCCCCGUUUAUUUUCUGAGGAGCAGUGAAAGAAAUUGUAGUUUGUUUUCCUGACAGCAAAAGCUCAAUGUGACAAAAUGAAGUUGUUGUAAUGAAAUGAUGCAACUUAAUUAAAUAUUUAAUAAAGAAUUAUGGAAGCUACAGCAUUUUAUACUUCAAAUA